AGCCUCUUCCACUUGUCGAGAACCAGGCUGUAAUUUACCAUAGCACCGGAGACCCAUGGGGAACUACUGGCAUUCUGUCUCGCUACCCGGUCACCUUUCAGGGAGACAGCAGGCAGUACAACGAGAUUGCCCUGGACUUACUGCAAGACGGCCCGGCUCCCAUACGGCUUGAGAAUGACAUGGGAGUCAUGAUUAGGUGUCAAGGCAGCACGAACCUCAGGACGCUGACUUACCGUUACAGGCACCCGAGUGGCAAGGUCGAAGCGACGAUCGUCAUCUGGCGCUGUUCACGUAUUAUGCUGAGCACUGGCGUGGACAGGAUAAAGGUAAGUAAUGGGACCUACAUUAUGCCGCUUGAGGAUUUUAAGCGGCUGGACUUGAAGCAGCAUACGUGGUACGUCGACAGCAGUGAUGUCGUUCAUCGCCGCUCCAAUCAAGCUGUCCGCCAUAUCAACCACCAACUCUGGUGCGACACAGACCCGGACCAUCGAGUACAGAACGUCGAGCAGAAUUGGAUGCCGAAGAGAAUCUUGCCAUUUCACCAAUUCGAGGACACCGUUGGUCGCGUCGUGAACGGCGAGGAUAUUGUGGACGACGUGUGCCCCUUGUGCUUGGAGACACUAAAGGACAUUGACGAGGCGGUCCUGGCGUUGCAUUGCUGCGACCACAAAAAGAUGGUAUGCCGAGGCUGCUUCAUCUCACUUGCCGACAGUCGAGGGCUCGUGGACGAAUGCUGUCCCAGAGGUCUGCUCGACGCUUGCUGCCCCUUCUGCCGUCACCGCUUCUUUGACGAAGCGACAGUGGACGCGCUGACAUUCGGCUUAGUUGGCGGCAUCUACGAUAGGAGCCUUGUUGGCAAUGACAGGCAGCUUGCUCUGAACGAGACUAAGCCAAUCACAGUGGAUGCGGAGCUAAUGCGCAAGGUCUUAAAGAUCCUCGUCGAAGGCGCUAUGCUUGAGCUUGCGACUUCGACACCUCUCCACAUGCAAGCCAUCCGUUCCACAGAGGUAAAGAUGAUCGUCGACACAUUCAUCCCUCAUAUUCUGGCUGAAGAGAACACUAGGACCAUGGGGACUAAAGCUCUCGAGGCCCUCGUCAUGCAGAGAAUCAUCAACGAAAUCUGCCGGCGGUUUAGGGUCAACGGCGUGCAUGGCUACUUCGAACCUGCCGAGCUUCACGCUAUCGACCGCAUGCUACCACGCGAGCGGGUAGUAGCCCUAGGGUUCAGAAAGGUUAUGCUGCACUUCGUGACGCGUACGGUCAGCCGGGCCUCGAAGUCCUACCAUCUGAGGCGGUGCAGGAAGGAGGGGUGCGGCGACGGCUUGCAUAAGCAUGGCGAGCGGUACUACUACACCGGCAUCGGGUUUAAGGUGUCGCUGUGGGGCGUGUGGGGCGGAAAGAGGAGGUUGCCGGCCGGCUUCGAAAUGUCGGACGACUCGGACGAUUCGGACGACUGCAAGAAACGAAACGCUAAAGGUCGUCGUACGGGCGCAUAAGCGACAUAUUAUAACGAAGGGAGACAUAGUUCGGCCAGAAUAUACUAUCCUGCCUGUGUGAACGUAAAGUGCAGACUCCCUCUAUGCUUUCA